CGCUUCCGGCGGCCGCAGUGCGUGGCCGCGCCGGGCGGGAGGCAGGGCGGGAUGCGGCCGCCGGCGCUGCCGCGGCUCCCGGUGGGGCCGCUGCUGAUGUUGCUGGUGCUGCUGGAAGCCGCCCGCUCCGGGGAGGCUGCGGUCCCGCGCCCCGGGGAGGCUGCGGCCCCGCGCCCCCGGGCCGCCAGCACCGCUUCCCCGCGCCCGACGGAGGCGGCCGGCGGGGCCGCCACGCGAAGCAGCAGCAGCAGCAGCAGGAGCCGCCUGGCCGAGGUGUCGGCGCCGCCCGAGCAGGGCCAGCCCAUGACCCAGCGCGCCCUGUCCGUGCUGGUGCUGGCCAGCGCCGCCCUCAUCGUCUACUUCGUGAUCCGGACUGUGCGGCUCAGAAGGCAAAAUAGAAAAACCCGAAGAUACGGAGUUUUGGAUGCGAAUAUAGAAAACAUGGAGCUGACCCCGUUAGAACAAGAUGAUGAUGAUGAUGAUACAACACUAUUCGAUGCCAGCCAUCCUCGAAGAGAAGUACGUGCCUUUCAAUGAAAGAACUUAAUCUUAGAACCAGAGAAGGAGACUGCUUCAUGAGAGAAAUAAGAAGCAAGAGGGUAUGCAAGUGGGGGGGAGCUAAUUUAAUUUGUGUAUUUUGUGGCAUCCUUAAUAUCUUGCAAUAAGUAAUGUAUCAAUUAGUUGUAUCUUUUUGUAUAUAGAGAUUCUCAAUGUAUAGCCUAUGGAGAGAGAGUACUAACUGCACUAAGAUAAAAAACCUAUUUGAAAGGGAGAUUACUUGUAAAACAGGGUAUUUUUUGCUUGUUACAAGUCUUGUAUGCCAUUAAGUGUGGUAUACACUUUUUUCCUACAGUAACCUGGAAUGUUAAUUUUUUCUUCUAGUAUUAAAUUGUAAGUAAAUAAAGUCACUGUGGACUUAUCAGAAUUGUUAGAACAUGAUUUUAAUUGAGGAGGUGAUUUAUUGUUUACCAAUAAAAAGCUAAACCACUGCCUUCUGUGUUGAGAAUUUAAAAAACUGAAUGAACAUUCAUGCAAACUUCAGUGAAAAAAAUAAAAUGAGUUUACAGUGCUCCUAGCACUUAGUGUGAUACUCCAACACUAUAUAUUUUAAGGAUACUUGGAAUAUUAAUAUAACUAUGUAAAGCUUGGUAUUGCAACAUCUUCCUAUUGAGACUCCUGAUUGCAACUGUUGAGUUAAUUUUUUGUGAGGUCUCUCUUCCACUUGUGUGAACAGACGUGGCUCAGUGACUUUAGGGUGUUGCUGUGUGAUGUCAGAAUUCAGAUCUGUAGUGAAGUAGAGGUAAGCCUCUGUGAAAAUUCUAAAUAUUCUGUAAUUCUGAAAUGAAACAUUGACAUGAGAAACAGCUGUUACUGAAAUGUGUGGUAGCUCUUUCAUUAAUGUAGUUGACAUACAGUAGUUAAGUUUAGUUUCUGGCUAGUACCAUAAAAAUUAUUAGAACGGUUUUUAAGACCUGGAAGAUAUUUUUUUUUAAUGUAUUGCAGUUUCCACUACAAUCUUGAUAAUGUAGACAAAAUGCUCAAAUUCUUAGAAUUGAACAUUUAGAAUUAAUCUGUAAUUUUUAGAAUUAAUGUGUAACUUUUUUUCUAAUUCCAUAUAUCUGUAUAUUUCAAGGCAUAAGCUUGCUACAGCAGUAUUGGUGGUGGUGACUAUGUAUUCUCAAAGUACCUAAGUUACGGGCUACAAAGAAAUAGGAAUAUUUUUUCUUGAUUCUUCACCCUCUUGGUGUUUGAACAAAAUUGGAGUACUCUUCUUUGACGUCAUUUUUACAGUGAUAGUGGAGGAGGGAGUCUGCUAUAGAUUUUCUUUACUUCUACCAGCUGAAGUAAAGUAGAAUAUAUUGUUAUAAAAGUAGAAUAUUUUGUUAUAUUGAAACCUUAAGUGCUCUAGUAACAGCUCAGAUGAGGUCAGAUCAGCCUCCCAAGGUAAUUUUCACCUGCAGCUGCCCAUGUGCCACAUACGGUUGGGAAAUAGAUUGUAUUUACAAUAAAUGCAAGUCUUUAUUUUGCUUCCUGUUGUACCUAACUUCUUCUGCUUAUAUGUAAAGAUAAAACUGAAAUGGAAACACAGCACUAAUUCUUGGAACUGCUUAGUUGACAAAUCUGGAGACAUAGUAAAGAAUAACUGGGUUGUAGACUGCAGGUGAAAGAACAGUAAAUGAUAGAAGGCAAAUUAUGCUGUUUCCAUAUAAAAAGGGUACCAUCAGUGUUAAAAUAAGCAUAAUUGAAAUAUUUCAGAAGUAUAGACUGUCUUCCUGACUUCGUAGAAUUCAAACCGGUAGAAUCUUUCUAGGCUUUGAGCCACCCUUUGGAGGUGUUGUUAUGGACAGAUAUUUGAACUGUUUAAGCAAGUUAAAAUUGCUGGAAAUGCAAUCAAUCUUUAAGCUCUUGUAUAUGCUGCAGGUAAACCUUCAUGUUUUCCUGCAGAAAAAACGAAAUUGAACAGAUUGUUUAUGUUUCAAGCAAAUUUUCUGGUGGAAAAAAAAAAAUCACAAAUUGUCUCAAAAAUUUUAUAUAGGCUUCUUUCAUCCAUGCCUCCAAAAUUAUGAGGCUCUGUUUACAGGAAAACCAUCUGUAAAGCAAUCAUACAACUGGUAAUAAGUUUUUGAACAGUUUUGAUUUCUGAUAUGUUCAAUACCAUGUGGUUGAUAGAGCAAACUUCCUUGGCCGUACUCAGCUUGUAUCUAAUUUAAGAAGCUGAAUUGGUUCUCAUUGCAUUUGCAGACACUAGUUAGAAAAUAAUCAUGGUUUUGUAUGUCUUGGUCUUAACAACUGGAAAUUGCAGCUGUGAGUUAUGUACAACCGCUGUUGAUAGGUGCAACACCAUCAGUACCGUUUCUAACUACUUGUUGAAAGCUGUUCUUAGAGCUGUUCUAACAUACUUUAAAAAAUUUGGGAAAGAAUAUGCCACUACAGAGGCCAGUAACUGACCUGUGCAUAAACAGAACUGAAGUUUGUUUCAAGCUUAUUUAUCACUUUAAAAAACAAGAUUAAAAAGAUUAAGACAAAUAAUUGUUAAAUGUGUAUCUGAGUAGCUGUGUAUGGAAAAUUUUAUCCCCAUUUGAAUUAAAAUAUUAAUAGGCCAAUAAAGAAUGUGAGCUGAUCUGCUGAUGUAAAACUCCUUGAAGAUAGGUGAUAAUCUAAGUUUAAUGAAAAAUAAACUGGGAGAGAGGCAAGAUUUCUAUAACUUGAAUUUUUGAAGACAGAAAAUGGAAUGUGAAGAAAAAUCUUGUAAGAUUGAAAAAAGAAUAAUGUUUAAAGAUACUUUUACAAUUUUUAAAGUAUUAAAACAAUCAUAGUAGAUCUAUUAGUGUUUGUUAGGGCUUUGUGACUUUUUUCCUUCACUACUGUAAUUGGAGGCACAGCUUGUACAAGAAUAUGUAGUUACCAAUCAAGUCUGAAUAUAUUAGUUCAGUGCAAUGGAGAAGGCACCCUAUGGUACCAUGAAUGAGUCCGAGCACAAGAAAUCUAUGUGACUGAAGAGGCAGAAAGCAUUUUUAUUUUUUGUGUUGACCAAUAAGAGCCAGGAACAAUCCUUUUAAUACGUAAGCCAACUGAAAAACUUCAGUCUCAAAAGACCCAGUAUGAUUGGACUGCUUCACAGUUUCAGAAUAGACUUCUGUUUGCUGCAGGUGUCUUGUUUCAUGGUACUACUGAUGAUGGUAUUCCAAACUGUUAACUGUUACACCUCUGCAGAAUUGAUCCAACACUCUGGAGUGGUGUCCUCUGAUGAGAUUUUUGUGUGAUUUUUCUUUGUCCACAAUUACUCAUCAUUUCCAAGUGGCUUGCACUCUAGCUUGAAACAUUUUUAUUUUAAGAAAUGAUAAAACAAGAUUUCUUCAAGGUAUUAACAGGAUGUAUGGAUAAGUUUAAGAUUUUACUACAAGAUACAAAGAAGGUUCUUAAAUAAUGAAAUCUUUUGUGUAUAAUUUCCUGCUUUCUUCAGCUGGGAAAGUAUGAGCUUAUGUUUUUACAUAGGCCUUUUCAAUGCUUAUGGCAGUAUGCAUUGCAUAAAAUGCAAUAUAUAAUGUUUUCCUAAGUGAUGUGGACAUAUGAAUCAAAUGCACAGUAAGUAAGUUUGCUGUCGCAACUAAUCUAGGAGGAGCUGUUAACUCCCUCAAGGGCAGAGAGACCUUACAGAUCUGAUUAGACUAUAGAGCAGGAUAACCACCAGACGUAUGAAAUUUAAUAAAGAGCAAGUGUUGGAUUCUCCAACUGAAAUGAGAUAAUAAUACAUACAAACUGGGGGACAAGAGGCUGAAGACCAGCCCUGCGGAAAAUAUCUGGGGAUUUGAGUUAAUGGGAAGUUGAAUAGGAGUCAGCAGCACCCUGGCAGCCAAUGGGCCAGCUGUCCUGGCAUGCAUCUGGGCAAGGGAGGGGCUUGUCCCACUCUGCUCUGUUUUGAGCACCACAAUAUGAGAAGGACAGGGAACUGCAGCUUUCUUCAGCUUGGAGAAGAGAAGGCAGCAGGCAAGAGGGGCAGCAGGGUGGGAGAUGCUAAUGUCUCUGCUGACCAGUGAAAGGGCAGAUGGGAUGGGGAAUGAGGUUGAAUCCAGUGGAAUUCAUGUUGGAUGUAUGACAUAGUCUGAGUUCAAAAGUUGUGCCAGAGUUCCUUUUGAUACCUGUUUGUAUCAAUCUAGGUAAUGGGCAGUUUGUUUAUCAGUUUUCUUUCCUAAGCUUCAUCCUGUUUAAUAGAAACAAACAUUCAUUCAUAUUAGCUUCAGAAAACUUGGUCCAUAAAGACAGAGGAUGGAACAGUAUACGUUCUCACUUAAGCAUUUAAUUGUUCACAUUUUAAAGAAAAGUCAGUGUCUGUUCAACAGCUGACUGGAUCAUGCGUUGUAUAAAGAAGUACUCAUUUUUUAAGUAAGAAAUUCUUAAUUAUUCCAGAGGUUUUCCUAAAAAAAAAAUAAAUCUAUCCAAAAGCCUGUAGGUAAGGUAAAUGGCAUUUAUGAGGAAUCUUAAUGAAACUUCUUCUAGAGAUUACAUUAUUGAAAGGUCUAUAUGCCACAUUUUGAACCUUGGGAGAUUGCACAGGGAAUAUGUUUGCGCUGAUAUUACUCCUUUUACCUGCCUUGGGCAUUGUCCAAAAAGAGAUUUGUGACUGUGUGGAUUUCGAUUCAGACCAAGUACAGUCAUUUUUAUUCUGUGCUCUGAUAGAGUCCAAAGGCCUCUCAUCUUGCUGAUCAGAAAAUGCAGUUUUACACAGAUAACAAAGUUUUACAAAUUAAACCUGCUGAAUCAAAGCAGACAUAUAUACAUCAGCAUUUUUGUGAUGUUUCUGGAAGUUAGUUGUACACUUCCAGUAAGAAGAUUGCUCAGAUAGAUGGUGAAAUUUAAUUCAAAGUUUAACUGUCCAUUCUAUCGGAUCUUUAAUUUUGCCUUUCCUGAUAGGAAAUCUAGAUCUUGUUUCUAGUCAUUUUAAGCCUAUUGCAAUGAAGCUACAGUGAAUGGUAAAAAGAGCUUUGUUCUAUUGCAGAUUUGCCAUUUCUUUCAAGAUCAUUAUACUGCCUGUCCAUCUUGUCUGAACAAGACACUUGCAGUUUCUUUCCUCUUGUAUUGACUUUGCAUUGGUUUUGGUAAGAGGGGGUGCUACCGGGAUGGUUCCUGUGAGAAGGUGCUAGAAGUUUCCAUCAUGUUUAGCAGAGCCAAUACCUGGUGUCCACAAAGAUAAACAUGCUGCUGGUCAAGCCUUGGCCAGUUAAAAAUGGUGGUAAUGCCUCUGUGAUAACACAUUUAAGAAGGAAGAUAAACAAAAAGUUUUUGCACAGUUUUAAUUCCAGCCAGAGGCGAGCAGGGUGAGAACAUGUGUGAACAGCAACUAUGCAGACCAUAAGGUCAGUGGAGAAGGAAAGGAGAGGGAGGAGGUGCACCAGGUGCUGGAGCUGAGAUUCAUCUGCCAGCUGUGGUGAAGACCAUGGUGAAGCAGCUGUGCCCCUGUAGUCCAUGGAGGUCCAUGGGGAUGUAGAGAUCCACCUGCAGCCUGUGGAAGACUGCCCACCAAAGCUGGUGGAUGUCUGGGAGAAGGCUGUGAUCCUGUGGGAGAUCUUUGGAGAGAGGGGCCCUGCUUCUAUGCUGGAACAGCCUGUCCUUGAGGGACUUCAGCCCAUGGAAGAGUGACCCAUGCUGCAGCAGUUUUGGAAAGACACCUGCCUGUGGCAUGGACUCACAUUGCAGCAGUUCGCAGGGAGCUGUUGCUUGUGAGAUGGAGCCACGUCAGAGAAGUUCAUAGAGAACUGUCUCAUUGGAGAGACCCCAUGAUGCAUCAGUGGAACGCUCCUCUUCCUAAGCAGGAGAUGAACUAAUCAUAACCCCCAUUCCAUGUCUUCUUGCACCACUGGGGUAGGAGAUAGAGCUGAGAAGGAGGCAGAGGUGGGGGGAAGGUGGUUUUAAGGGCUUAUUUCACUUCUCAUUAUCCUGCUCUGAUUUUUUUUUUUUUUUUUUUUUUUAAGUAAUAAAUUCACUUAAUAUCCCUAAGUUGAACCUGUUUUGCCCACAAUGGUAUUUGAUGAGGUGUCUCUCCUGGUCCUUAUCUCAACCCAUGAACUAUUUUAUAUUUUCUCUCCUGUAUCCAGCUUCAGAGGGAAGUUAAUGAACGGCUUUCAUUGGUGCCUGGCAUCUGGCCCAGGUCGAUCCACAACACCUCUCAAGAUAGUUAUAAUUGACAAACCUGCUUAGUAUGCCUUCAAAUCCUGCAUCUAAAUCAUCUAUGAAGACAUUGAAGAGUGCUGGGUCUGGAAUGGAGCCUGUGGAACCCCACUAAUGACAGAUCACCAGCCUAAUGUCACCCCAUUCAUUGUCACCCAUUGUGCCCAACCCGUGAGCCAGUUGCUGUGUUUAUGAUGAUGUGUUUAUCCAGCUAAGUGCUGGACAUUUUGCUCAAGACGCUGUGAAAAACAGCACUGAUGACUACUGAAAUCCAAAAAGAUGAUUACAUUAACUGUCUUCCCUUGAUCGAUGAGGUGGAGAAUCUUGUCAUUAAUGGGUAGGACUUUUCCCCUCAUGAACCCAUGCUGGCUGUGAAUGAUGAGUGUGAUGUCCUUCAGGUAUUUUUCAACAACUCACAGAAUAAUCUCAAAAUUUUGCCAGGUACUGAGGUGAGACUGACAGGUGGGUAGUUACCAGGGUUAUUCCUCUUGCCCUUCUUGAAAAUUGGGAUGUUAGCCACCUUUCAGUCGUCUGGGACCUUCUAUAAUUCUAUGUUUCUGUGAUUACAUGGUGAUGGAAACACAUACAAAGGUUGUGCAGCUCUCAUACUUUUGGUCUUGCAUAUAUAAAUAAUUUCCCUUCCUCCCCUCCCAUAUAAAAGAUAAGUUACCACAUUUUCAAUUUUAGCUCUCUAAAUAACUUCAAUUGACUUAGAGCCUUAGAUUUUGUAGCAGCUUCAGAACCAUUUGAUACUAGAAAAUAAAUGCAGAAAAUUGGGUUCUAAAUUUAAUGUGGGUAUUAAUAAUGGGUCCAUUAUUAGGGGUAAUUAUGUACCCAUAAUUAAUAUGGGUAAACAUCUGCUUUAUAUCUGCAAGUAGGAUAGACGUUCUAGACCUUGUUCUGUCCAAGAUGGACAUGACAGCAUUCAUUUUCCCAGAGGCAGUAUAAGACCAGGGCUUAUUUGCUUGAGCAGCUGGAUGCUUCUGGUCCAAUUUUUUAUGUGUUCCACUAACAUGCCAUGAAAUACCUGAAUGCCAGUAUAUGAUAUUGAUUUAACUGAUGUAUUUGGAUAUAAGCAGUAGAUAGUCAUUAAGAUUUUAAUUGAUCAUCUUGGCAAUUCUAGCUGUCCCCAAGAAAAUCCCUUACAUUCACUUGUGUUGGUGUAAGUUUCAAGAAAAAGAAAGCUAAAGUAGGAUAUAUUAAAAACUUGUUUAUUAUAAAAUAUUUAUUUUUUUUAUUUGAAUGCAAACUCUGUUGUCCUUGGUGCCAAUACAUGUCUUCAGUACCUAUGAAAUUGAAAUAUUUUCCUCAUUUUUUAAUACUGUAGAUGCUGUUCUGCUGAUUUGCAUUUCUAGAUGCCAUAAAUCAGAAAGAAAAUAAUUUGUAAUGUUUCAAAUUUUAAAUGGAAAUAAAAAUUUUCAUGUUAGAUUCA